AUGGCAAAUUUCACGUACAGCAGGUGCCAGCGACAUAAUGAUGAAAAGAAAAUCAUGAAACUAAUGACUACUUUCCUCCUAGUCGUCAUUGUCAUCUACUCCUACCUGUCGCAAUUUAUCCUUUCUCGUCCCUCACUUAGUGUGGAACAAUCAUUCAGUUCCUUUUUUUAUUCCAGAGCUUCCAUCAUUAACCACAUCCUAUCAACUGGCAAUAUGGAAGGGAUGGAGAAUGAUGAUUCCAGUGCUGCAGUCACCUUUCCUAGUGAAGAUGAUCGGAGUUGUGUUUCCGAAACUCCGGCGCUUGACUGUUUUGGUGUUGGCGUCCCUCCAGCUUCCCCUCAAGCAUCUCUGGCACAAGGAGAGCUGGAGCUGGAUUCUUCUCUUUCACAGACAUCUCAAUCCGGCAUCAUCGACGCGUCUACUUCCCCCGCGGAUUCCAAGGCACCUUUCGUGCGUGGACAUCGCCGUCGCUCCACCCACGUCAGUCGUCGUGACCUUGAGAAAUUUAGAACGGAAGUCCUAGGUAUUGUUUCAGACCCUUCUCUCUGGUGCGAGGAGGCUGGCGGAUCUCCAGCAAGCAUCAAUCCGUCUACACUCGACGAAUUGAACACCGCCUUCGCUUUCGCGAGUAUGUCCCUGAACAAUAGCAGUGGUAUUCCUAGCAACAACCCUGGUUCGGGCAUGUUCCCUAAUUACGUCGACAACACCGCUAAUUCCGCAAAUUUGCCCAACGCUUCUCGUCAGUCGAUGUCUCCCGCCAUGCCAAGCCCCUCGACUCAGGUCAACGGUGCUGGAAUGCCCGGUAUGAACGCUGGCAUACCUAUGAAUGCAGGCCAUCAAAUGGAUCUUCAUCACCUGUACGAGAUGGUGUUGGAGCUGAGUGAGGUCUUGAAGAACAACCGCGAGACGACCAAGAGCAUUGUAUCCACUGCGGAGGAAAUCAUGAGAUUACAGAAGCGUGCCUCUUCCGAGGGGACUACUCCCAGCUUGCAGCAGGUCAAUGGUGAAAUUUCCGCUGCCCGUAUCGCAGAACUCGAACGUGCCCUCGCGAAGGAGAAGCGCCUUGUGGAAAUUUUGAAGCAGGAGCAAGUUGAGAACACCAAACUGAUCGGGGAAUAUGAAGCAGCCGUUGGGACCAUGGUCGAACAAAUCCGCAACUACUGCCAGAACAACAACAUGAACUACCUGGCUCAGAAACGCCACUACAACAAUCUACUCCAGGCCGAACGCGACGCUCAUCUGGAAAGUCGUCUCGACCGCGACCAUUGGCAUGCUCAGACCAUGAAGUGCGCUGAGAUGAUCCGCACUGCCUACCGCCUUCGCUGUGAAGAGGAAGAGUUGCCCAUUCGUAUCGUCUCUGGUCUACAGAACGAGGUACGCGCGUAUCGCAAUGCCCUUGGUAUGGAGCCAGAAAAACCAGAGGAAGAGUACGGUUGGGAAAUCCUCAAGGAUGUGCCCCCAAGCGUUGACUAA